UACUAGUACUUAUCAUCCAACAAAGCAUAAACCACAAACGGCAUAUUCUACCUUUUCCAUAAACUGCUCUCUCAUCCCUCUCCUGUUUAAUCUCAACCUUCUUGUUUUAACUCUGAAGAAUUCAAAGUCUUUCCACUGAAUCUGCAUACCCAUUUCCUAAAAAUCACAACUUUAUCCCAAAUCUUGUUAUCCCAAUUGAAAUCCUAAAUCCUUUUCCUUACCCACUUUGUUUUCUUUUUUCUCUUUUAUCUUCUUUUCAAUUCAAACCAAUUUUCUCCCACCCCACUCGUUUAUUUUUUUAUUAAAAUCUUCGCUACCUAUCUCUGAUUUUCAGUAUUUUCGGUUAAAGAAACCAUCUUUUUCCACCCUCAGUCACUGACUUUUGAUGCUGGUUUUGUCAUCUCAAAUUUUAAAUCUUUGAAUUGUAAUAUUGGUUCAGAAAGCUUUGAUCUUUUGACCAAUGGUGGUGAAGAUGAUGAGGUGGCCGCCAUGGCCUCCUAUUAUGUCAAGAAAAUUUGAAGCUGUGGUUGUGAUUCACAGGCUGGAAGGAGUGAGUUUGGUGCAAUUUGAUAAAGAGAAGGAAUUGGAUGGUGGGAAGAAGAGGCUGGUGGUUGAGGUUAAGUGGAAGGGUCAGAAAAGUUUGGGUUUGGGUUCAUUUAGGCGCUCUGUGAGGAGGAAUUUUACUGAGGAAGGCGGUGUGCGUGGUGAUGGGGUUGUGGAAUGGAAUGAGGAAUUCAAAAGCAUCUGCAAUUUAUCAGGGUACAAGGAAGGUGUGUUCUUUCCAUGGGAGGUUGCAUUUACAGUAUUUAAUGGCUUAAAUCAAGGACCAAGGAGCAAGUUAGCUGUUAUUGCAACAGCACUCUUAGACCUCGUUGAAUUUGCCUCUGCAGCUCAAGAAAAAGUGCUUGAAAUCAGUCUCCCAAUGGCAGUGCCUGGUGGCAGCUUAGAGGGUGAUCUUUCACUUUGUUUGUCUCUCAGGUUAACUGCACAAGAAACUGUACAGGCUCAGCAAAGAUCAGUAGUGCCUGUUCCCUUGUCACCCAGUUAUGCUGAACCUGUCUCAAAAGAGAAAGACGAUCUUUCUGCAGUUAAAGAAGGCUUAAAAAAAGUGAGGAUUUUUAGCGAUCAUGUCUCAGCCUGGCAAGCAAAGAAGGCAUGUCAGGAAGAAGAGAGCAGUGAUGGUAGAUAUUCUGUUAAAAGUGAGGGUGCUGAGCUUAGUGAUCCUUUUGAUACAGAUUCACUUGAUGGUUAUGCAGAAGGAGAAUCAGAGGGGAGGAAGGAGGCUUCAGGCACUCAGAAUUCAUUCGGUUAUGAAAUGUUAGCCUGUGCAAACUGGACAGGAGUGUCAUUUUACUCCAAUAUGAUAGUCAGUGCUGAAGAUGAGAGUUUGAUCUACUACAGCCACCAUAAAUCAGAUGUAGGUCAUUCACAUGUUGAGAAUUUAACCAUAUCUGUUUCUGAGCAGUCUUCAGUUCUGAGUUCAAAGAGGAAGAUCUUACCUUGGAGGAAGAGGAAACUGGGCUUCAGAUCUCCCAAAGUCAAAGGGGAGCCUCUUCUCAAAAAGGAUCACGCAGAGGAGGGUGGUGAUGAUAUUGAUUUUGAUCGCAGACAGCUUAGCUCCUCUGAUGAGUCUGGCUACGGGUGGUAUAAAUUUGAUGGCUCUUCCAUGACUCGAUCUUCAGACUCAGAAUUUGGGGAUGACAAUUUUGCUGUAGGCAUCUGGGAGCAGAAAGAAGUAAUAAGCCGUGAUGGGCACAUGAAACUCCAGGCUCAGGUCUUCUCUGCUUCAAUUGAUCAAAGAAGCGAACGUGCAGCAGGGGAAAGUGCAUGUACAGCCCUUGUCGCAGUCAUUGCUCAUUGGUUGUUAUCCAACCAAGAAGAAAUGCCAAACAGGUCUGAAUUUGAUAGCCUGAUUAGAGAAGGAUCCUUAGAGUGGAGAAAUCUCUGCGAGAACAAGUCCUAUAUAGAGCAGUUCCCAGACAAACACUUUGAACUUGAAACUAUCCUCCAUGCCAAAAUACGUCCUCUUUCUGUUGCCCCUGAGAAAUCCUUUGUUGGAUUCUUCCAUCCAGAAGGACUGGAAGGAGAAAACUUUAACUUCCUCCAUGGAGCAAUGUCAUUUGACAAUAUAUGGGACGAGAUCAGUAGUUAUGGAUCCGAGUUGUCUGGCUAUGCUGAUCCAUUGGUCUACAUUGUAAGCUGGAAUGAUCAUUUUUUUGUCCUCAAAGUUGAGCAAGAUGCUUACUACAUACUUGACACCCUGGGGGAGAGACUUCACGAGGGAUGUAACCAGGCCUAUGUUCUGAAAUUUGACAAAGACACUACAAUCAUAAGAUUGCCUGAGGAAGCAAAUGCAUCAGAUGAAAAAUCUCCUGUAAAGGAAUCUUCUGCUGUAGAGAGUCCUGCUGUAAUUGAUUUGAAAGAGGAUGGAAAUGGUGAGAUUAUACGUAGAGGGAAGGAGUGUUGCAAGGAGUAUAUUAAAAGUUUCCUUGCUGCAAUUCCUAUAAGGGAAUUACAGGAUGAUGUUAAGAGGGGCCUGGUAGCAUCAACGCCCCUUCAUCACCGACUUCAGAUUGAGUUCCACUACACCCAUUUUUCUCAUCCUGUGGUUGAACGGUGGGAAAGAAUGGAAGCAGCUGGUGCUAUGUCAUUAACUGUUGAAUAAGGAGUAAAAUUGUAGAGUUUUCUUUUUCAUUAUAACUACUGUAUAGUUUUGAACCUUUUGCUGAAGAGGAUUGUUCAAAAUUUCCGGUUCCCCAAAUCUUUUUUUUUUUCUUUUCUGAUAUUUGAAUUAGUACACAGAUUGAAAGUGAAAUGCUCAGCUGAACAUUAGAGUAUUGUUUUCAUGUUUUGUAAUUAAGAUGGUGAAUAGAA